AUGACCUUCGAUCCUAAAGGGUUCACAGAAGUUCUUCUGGACGUGAUUCUGUUUGAGUGUGCAAGCCAACCCAAAAACAAAUACACCUUCCGCGAACUUGCCUGCGCCUUUUACAACUCCCUUCUAUUGCUCCGCUUCGACAGCAACCUCAACUCCUCCUCCAGCCACGUUUACAUCCAAAAACACAAACUCUACACCACUCAGGGGCUCAUACAAUACAUCCAUUCUCUCCAUCGUGGCGGCAACAACGACUACUCUCCCUAUCCGAACCACGCCAUCCGCAAGGUCCUGUGGAACUCGUUCGACAACGAUGCCUGCUACGACGAAGAGUUUGUAUAUCUCCGAGCCUGCUCCAGUACCGAAGUGGACAACUUUUUCAGCAACUACGCCGAGAAGGUCCCGAGUGCCUUUCAUGACUACAUUGCCGCUGUGGUCGAACACUUGCGAGACUGCUGUUGGGAUGAGCAUCGGGGUUCAGGCGGUGUGGGUGUAGUGCUCUCUUCUUUGGCCGGAACGUUGGGCGUGGCAAAGUAUUCGAUGGAGCAUAACGCACACGAACGACUCAGGAGGAGACAAUAUCUGCCCGACAAGAUUGCGCGACAGACAAGCUUCUCUCAACGAUUUCAGGUGGCCCAGAUGGGGAGGGAGUACCGAGAACGAGUGCGUUUGGAGAGGGAGUACCGGGAACGAGAGCGUUUAGAGAGAGAUGUGAGGUUGAUGCAGAAGAAGAAGGAGGAAGCGAGACGGAUGCAGAUGGAGGAAGUGAGACGGAUGCAGAAGGAGAAGGAGGACCAAGAACGAGAGCGCAUAUUGAAGGAUAUGAGACGGAUGCAGAAGGAGAAGGAGGACCAGGAACAAGAGCGUAUAUUGAGAGAUAUGAGACGGAUGCGUAUCAUAGAAGGGUAUAAGGCCAAUCAACAGCGACUUCUUCAACAGCAACUUCAACACAUUGAUGCGCCCCACCUCGCGGACAUCAAUCUGUACCUGAACGAGCUCAAGUUGCAGGCGGCAACAGCUGACACCCGACGCAACGUGGAGACGCUUCGUCAAACUCUCGAGACAACCUUGCGCACCCAUCCUCGUUUUCGAAACGCCGAAGUCAGUCUCUUCGGGUCAUUCGAGUCAGGGCUAAGCACCCUCACCAGUGACGCCGACUUUACGGUGUCCAACCUUAUGGGGUUGACCAUUGAACCCAUACACGACCUGGCCCGGGCUCUUCAGCUAUCGGGCUACGGUCCCAUCAAGACGGUCGCCGAUGCUCGAGUCCCCAUUGUCACCUUCACCGGCCAAGGGAUCCGAUGUGACAUGAACAUCAAUCAGCCCAUGGGAGUCUUCAACUCGCAGCUCAUCCAUGCCUAUCAAAAGAUCGACACGCGUUUUCUGGGAAUCUGGUUCGGUCUCCGCUCUUUGGCGGACAGGCACGGGAUUCUCAACGGAAAAAAUCGAUACCUAACGUCCUAUGCGCUCACAAUGAUGCUGAUCGUUUUCCUCCAAGAUGUCACUUCCCCACCGAUCCUCCCCAGGCUGCAGCAACAAAGCACAUACAAGAUGACUACCCGCAUCAUUGACGGGUACCUCUGCGCCUACGACAAGGACGCACGGAACUACUCAGAAUUGGCGGCCAAGAACACCAAAACGCAUGGAGAGCUGUUGAAAGAGUUUUGUCAGUACUUUGGACACACGUUCAACUACGCGACUCAGGAAGUCAACCCACGCCUGGGUGUGAUCAGGAACAGGAGUGUCAAGCCACCUCCUCGGACCCUAACUGACAGUCGACUCAAGGAUUGGUCGAUCUGUGUGCUGGACCCGUUCAUUGCUGACAGGAACGUGACCGGUAACUGCCGCGGCAUUAAUGUCGCGGUCAUUCAAAGGUGCUUUCGGACUGUGCACGACGCUCUUGUGAAAGACGAUAUCAAGAAGGCGUUUAAAGUAUGA